CGAAAGCCACGCAACAAAUGGAGGAAAAGCUGUCGAAAUUCAUAAGCGAUCAGUUGAACGUCGAUGACAUCGAGUGUUGGGCCGCAUCUGACGCAGUGUUCCGCUUCGCGCACCACCAGGUGAUUGAAUUGGCCAAAGAUUGUCUCCAGAAGUCUCAGGACAAACUCAUCACUUCUCACUACUUCUUCGAGAUUUCCGAGAACUUGGAGAAACUCUUAGUUGAGUGUCGCGAAAAGUCACCGACGGCUGCAAACCUGUUAUGUUCGCUGAUCAAGAAGUUGUUGAUCAUAGUGUCCCGUCCGGCGCGGCUCUUGGAAUGCCUUGAGUUCGAUCCCGAAGAGUUCUAUCGACUCCUGGAAGCGGCUGAGGGACAGGCGAAGUCGACGCAAGGCAUUAAAGUGUCGGUUCCGCAGUAUAUAAUCAGCAAAUUGGGACUCAAUAGAGACCCGUUGGCAGACAUUUCUCCUGAUCUCGAAAACUUGGACAUAAAAGACAACAACGAAUUAAACUCGAAAUCCGAUGGAAAGACCGAAGUGUUAACUAAACCUCCGUCUGAAGAGGACUACGAGACAAUCAAACUCAUCAGUAACGGCGCCUAUGGAGCCGUACAUUUGGUGCGACACUUGGAAUCGAGGCAA